UCUGUAUUUAUGCUAAAAUAAAAGGUGGGCGGCUUCCUGAAGACCACCGUCUUGGAAAAUGUCACAUUUGAUUUCUGUCUUAACCUUAUUUUUGUUGUCCAACUUAAAUAUAAUUGUAUGCACAUUUCUAAAAGAUCUGUCAUCUUUAACAGAUUUUUAACUGAGAAGUGUAUUAAAUCUGGGUAAAAAUUCGCAUACGUCAAUGCCGAGACGUAAUAUUCAUUAAAAACAUUUUUUUAACAAAAUGUUUUUUUUAACAUAAUGAUAGCUCAGUUGUCAAUAUGGUGUUUUAAAUAUCCAUGUAAGGUCUCUCUUAAAGGAUUUAAAGCAUUUUAUACAACUUUUCAAGCAUUAUUUUUUCAGUCGAGUAGGUGCCAUUUUCAGACUUGUCACAUUCGUAACAGUCCAUAUUCUUCAUGAAUGGGAAAAUUGAAUUAAAAUAACUUAAAACGUAUGUUCUGUGAAGAGCCAUCCCGUCCAUUUGUUGGGUAUUAUUGCUUCUGGUUUGUGCCUUCACAGAAAGUCUUUAAAGCAUAUAGUCUCUCUCAAAUGUGUACUUCACACAUAUUAAAUACAAAACAUUUGUAUAAACUGAUAUUUUCCUGAUCUCUGGACUUUCACAACAGGGGUUUAAGAAAUAUAGUUUCUAUUCUGCAAAUGUCUCUCUGGAAAAAAAGACGUUUUUGACAAAAGGCUAAAAUCUAUGAUGUGACCCAAAUUCUCCCCACCAAAUUGUUUACGAACUUUCUCAGUUUUUGGUGCAUGACUGUUACGUGUAGUGUGUCAUGAAUACCAACGAUGUGCACUCUGUAAUAAACACGACACAGUGCGCGAACUUUGAGGACUCUCCCUAUCUUUCAUUCUGAGGACGGUCUCAAGGCCCCCUCGCGUAACUCGUGCCAAAAAAGUUCGCAAGAAAGUUUUCCGCAAUAACUCCAAACCGGACCAUUGCUCGGUGGUAUAAAUUCAAACCAUGCUCGCCGUGCUAACACCGACAUACAAUAUCCCUCGGACGUCGAAAAUGCGCCUUUGAGUCAGAAUUGAUCGUUCUUUUACGGCGAGGCCGAGAGAUCUUUUAAACUUUGUUUGCGUGUUGGACUUUGUAAAUUUAAAGGGGCAACGCGUUUGACUGAAAUACGAUUGGGACAGUUUGUACAAAUGUAGAUUACUUGGCUAGUUUUGGUAAAAGAAGAAAAUCACACGAUGGGGAGCGGAGCAAACUAUUAAAACAACAAUAAAAGAAAGUUACACUGAGCGAACGACGUUUUAAAGGGUCAAACCGUUCUUGGUUUGUCGGACCACCACCGUCCUAUUUUUUAUUUAUGAGUACCUUUUAUAUAUGUGAGUAUAGUAGUACUAAAAAGCGGUUUGUAUCCAUGUCUGUAUCUCGUCCCUGUGUAUAAAUUCCGAACCGUAGUGUGAUUCACUUAGUUAAAGUUUUACGCUCGCUUUAGGUGUUGCCGCUUUAAGACGAGGGGUGCCUUGAAACCGGCGAGUUCCAUGUUUGUAUCUGAAAUUGAGAGCAGAGCCGAGCUCCAUGUUGUGAAAAGUUAUCAUCUACAAACUUAACUUUUUAUCAUCAUUUCUAUUUAAGUUUGCUUUUCGUCUAACUUAUACCAGCACGGAAGUCGCAUUAAUCCUCGUAUGGUCCCGCACUAUGCAUAUUCUCGGGCGGUAAAAGUCAUUCGCAGGGAGGUUUUUUUUUUUUCAAUUCAAACGUAGCCAGCGGAAAUAUUUUAAUACGAAAACCUCUUUUCGCUCGCGCUUGGACCCGCUCUACAGAUCUCAUGGACCACCCGUCCGCCUCGAUCAUCACGCAAGUCAGCAGGGAUGAAGACGCGCCUUUACGGGACAAGAGUACCCCUCCACAUGCUGCAUCCUCCUCGAAGAAACCCCGCAGUCGUGGUAUUUUCCGCAGUCUCUUCUGCUGCCUCUGUCAUGACGAAACGGAUCAGCUGCCCGUCAAUAACAACGCCCCGCUCCUGGUGGAGGAGAAUGGAACCAUUUCAAAAGUCCCAGCCAAACCACUUCUUUCCCAAAUAAAGUCUAAAGAUGUUGGAAAGAUCUGUGUAGUGAUUGAUCUGGAUGAAACACUAGUCCACAGUUCAUUCAAGCCGGUGAAUAAUGCAGACUUUAUCAUUCCAGUGGAAAUUGAUGGAACAGUACAUCAGGUGUAUGUUUUGAAGAGACCACACGUUGAUGAGUUUCUCAAACGAAUGGGAGAAAUGUUCGAGUGCGUGUUAUUCACCGCCAGCUUAGCCAAGUACGCUGAUCCCGUCUCAGACCUGCUGGACAAGUGGGGUGCUUUCCGAAGCCGUCUUUUCCGGGAGUCGUGCGUGUUCCACCGCGGGAAUUACGUUAAGGACCUUAGCCGUCUAGGCAGGGAUCUCAACAAAGUCAUCAUAGUGGACAACUCACCCGCCUCUUAUAUCUUCCACCCAGAUAAUGCUGUACCCGUAGCCUCCUGGUUUGACGACAUGUCAGACACAGAGCUUCUGGAUCUCAUCCCUUUCUUCGAGAGACUGAGUAAGGUGGAUAACGUCUACACUGUGCUCAAGCAGCAGAGGACUACUAGCUAGCAUGACACAAGAGGCAGCUGUCACUAUGGGGCCAGGGAGGCUGCUGGGCUCAGAGCACCAUGCUGCUUCCCCAAUCAGGACCAGCCAUUAGCUCAGUCCUCGUCACCUACCCAGAAUUCCAUUCACAGGAUGUUUGAUGGAGAAAACGAAGUGACAUGACAGAACUGUGAAGGACUGCUUUAUCAAAUUCACACAUAGAAAAAGUUCAUUGAUUGUCGUUAACCUGAACGGGUGACUCUUAGGAAAGGUGUCUUGGUUAUAUUUCAUCCCAGAGUAGAGAAGAAACGACAUUUAGCUCACAUGCCCAUUGGUGCAAUCUUUUUAGUAAUCAUUCUGAGCACUAUAAAUAAAAUUAAACAAUUUAUCAUUAAAAUUGUAAGGUAUUUAUAUGUUAUGGUAGUAGUGGUUGCACUGCCUUUAAUUUAUAGUAGUUUUAAUUAAAUAAAAAAUACGCUAUUAUUGUAAUGACAGUUUAAUGACACAGCCAUGAAAACAAAGAAAACUGUGAAUUUUUUAACAUUACGAUCAAAAUGCAAAAAAAAGAAUGCAAAAUAUGUUUCGUUGUGCCUGUGAGGUAAAAUGUAACCUGGACAUGUUUUAUAAGACUAGCCCGAUUAUGUUCCAUUUUUGCAACACUUUCAGUAUCAAGAUUGAGGGAAGCCCUGUUAUAAUGAAACAAGUUCAUUGUCCUCUUUGGUUGGUGAUUUGAGAAGAUCUGAUGUAAGAACAUGACUACAUUUCUUCCUCUUCUCGGGUUCAUGUUUUGAGCUAAACUUCCCUCAUUCCCUGUGUUUCAUGAUUUUAUCUCAAGUGCUCAAGAAAAACACAUGAAUGGCAAUCACAGAAUUCUAUGCUGUUUUUUAAUCCAGCCAAAAUACUUUAUUAGAUUUUGGACUUUUGAUUUUGAUUUCCCAAUCGGACAGGAAAAGACCUGAUGAUACAAUCGAGCAGCGCAAGUUUCACAAAGCAACAGAUUUGAGGAAUUAGCCCUGUACCCUUUUCUGUAUCGGCCUUAAUUUAACUUUUGAAUGGUUAGCUCAUGCACCGUUCUUUUUUUAUAUGCUAUUUUCAUCUAAUGAGAGGUCCUUCACCGUGACCUUAAGAUUACUGUAGUAAAAUCUUGUCCUACAAUAUCAAAGUAUACUGAUUGACAAAAUCAGUAUGUCUGAAUCUGUAUAGUUUUAAAUGCAUAACAGUAUGCCAUUUGUGUGUUUAUAUUAAUCAAACAAGUAAAGAAUACUGGAAUCAAACCCUGAUCAUUCAGCGCAAGCAGAAAUGUGACUUUUAAUGCCUUAACUCUCCAUUAAAUCACUAAGCUGUCAAAUGGGCAACCUGGUUCUUUGAGAAAGUGGCAUUGGGAAUACGAGGGCAGCGCAGUGGUUGGGAAAACCCUCUGUUAAAGUGCAGCGGUCGUGCCUUAAUAGUGAUGCCAUGUAAUAUGGAUGUAUCAGCUCAUGUGGAUCGUGUACUUGCUCCGCACUAUCUGAGUUGAUUUGUUUUGCAAGUGCCAUUGUUGAUGUUAUGAAAAGUAAUGGUGAUGUUUGCGUGUGUCCAGGAGAAUGCGGAAGAUGAUUUUGUGGUUUUUAAUACUGGUGUUUUGUUCAUUUUCAGUGUUUGCCUUUUAAAAUAGAUGUGGAGAUGACAAGACGUUUGGCAUCUUUCGAUACUUGUGAUAUUAAUGAAAAUAGUGCUGUGCCAUGGAGAGAGAAAAACAUUUUGUUAUUCAUAAAAGGCUUAAAGAGCA